CUUCAUCAAAGAAAAUGAUUGGUUAAUGUUAUCGCGUACGUCAAGAAGUGGAAAGAUUCAACGAUGUUUUAAAACAAAAACAGAAGAUAAUAUAUUUACAUACUUGUUUAGACCAGUGAAGACAGUGUUCUGUACUUAAAGAUGUCUAGUAAAGAGAAUAUGCCCCCUGUCAAAGACAGGAAGAGUAAGAUCCCAGUUCCAAGUAUGCUACCAGUGAGGAAAGGAAUUAAGCGAGCUGUCUCCCCAAAUGCCUGCAAAAGUGAUCCCAAAAGGUCCCCAAGCACCUCAAAGAGGUCAUCAACAAUGAAUAAGGGAAGGCCAGAAACUAGACAGUUUGGAAAUCAGCAGAGAAAAAUUCUCGGGGAGCUGCCAUGUGAACAACGAAAGAUUGUAAAAGUUCAUAGAGCAUUAAACAAGAGUCCAUUAACUAAACAGAAAGCUGCAAAAAGACAACCUAUGGUGAAACGUUCAACAUUGAAAAAGGAAACUGGUGUAUCAAGUUGUACAAGUGGUUUUGGAGUGGGAGACCUCAGCUUGUUACCCGAUCAGUCAGGGAUAGAGUUUGAGACAGAUGAUUCAGCUUUGCAGAGUAUACUUGAUGAGACCGGGAUACAGUAUGUUCAGCCUCAACAUGGGAACCAGCCGCAGAUGUCAAAAUUCUCCAGACAUACUUUAGCUGCUGUACCAAAGGCACAGAAAGAGUCGAUUGGACCAUCCAGAAUUAAAGUUGAAGAUUUCCGUAAAGUAUGUGAUGACUUUAUCAGUCGAACUACAAGCAAACAGCCCAAUGCUAAACGUCAUUGCAGGGAACCGGAAUUCAAAAAUGAAGAUAAUUUCAACUUAAAGUUGACCCCAUCAAAGACAGAUUUCUGUAAGAAGUUUGGUGUAGAAAAGAAUAUCACAUUCAAAGGAGUUACACCUGGAUAUGCGUCACGCCAGAGUUUACCAGGAAGGACAAAGGUUCGACAGCCUGAUCCGUUCAUUAUUCCCGGGAGAUGUAGCAUGAUAGGCCAGGCAUCAAGAAGACUGGCAAUGGUCGGGGAGGAGGAAAUACUAAGUGUGACUCCUGGGCGUGCUAGCAUAGCUCCACAAACACCUUUACGUGUCCCGAAGAAAAUAAAGAAUAUGGAAGAUGCUGCUCAGUUAGAGAAUGAAGUUUUUUCAGGCAAUGUCAACAGGCAUCAAACACCAGGUAGAGUCAGUCUAUCUUCACAGAAACCUGGUAGAGUUAGUCUAUCUGCACAGAACCCAGGCAGACCCAGUCUAUCAUCACAAACCCCGGGAAGAGUAAGUUUGUCAGCACAAACACCAGGAAGAACCAGCCUAGCUCCGCAGACCCCUUCCAGAGCCAGCCUGUAUGAUAAAAGUUGUAAUAUACAAAGCGUAGGGAGACCAAGUCUUAUCACACAGCCCCCUGGUCGAGUGAGUCUCUCUGCCCAACAUCCACCUCAAUAUUGCCAGAACAAAUAUGACAAUCUUUCCAGUGAAGGGAAGCCAACACAGACACCAGGGCGGGUCAGCUUGUCCUCUGUCCAAAACUCUCGUCAACACAGGGUCAGUAUGAUAGAUCAAACCCCAGGUCGAGUGAAAAUACAGGAUCAAAGUAAGGACAAAGCUGAUAAUGAUACCAAGAAGACUGACAGUAUUUGUGAGAAUUUGGCAAAGAGAUUUCUAAUGGAUACUCCAGAAAAGGUUGAUAAUCCAGAUACCAUGUCUAAAGUCUCUAAAAAUAAGACACCUGUGCGAGAAAAGGCUGCUGGUACGUGUGCAACUCCUCUAAGAGUUAAACUUCUUCAAACAGACCAGUCAACACCAAAGUCCACACCACAACGUGUUCUCAAACCUGCAAACACCUUGCAACAUACUCCACAAAGAGUACAGGUCCAGGGUGUGACAAAAUCCUCAAGUACACCCCAAGAACCUAUGAGGGUAGCUAAAAAAGUUGGCACGCCCAUAACUCCGAUACGAGUUUCAGUCAUGUCACCUGGUGUGUUACCAAGACAACCAGCAGAUAUCAAACAAGAAACCCCAAGUAGGAAAACUCCCAGCAAGAGUAAAAUGUCUGAUGGUGUCGACCUGAGAACAAUUUGGAAAACAAAGAAAACUCCUUCUAAGUCACCAAUAAUGAAGGAAGUUCUUGUCAAAGAGGAGGAGGGCAGUAGCAGUGAUGUGUCAACACCAAAGAAUCACAAAGAAGGAUUACCAGGGGCAGUUGCAAUAUCUAUAAAGAAAAAGAAAACAUUGACCUGGGCAGAUGCCCUUGAAUCUUGCCAGACCAC